CUUCGAAAGCGUUUGCAUUUUGGUUUUCUUUUUCAGUCUAAUUUACGAUGGAGAAGACUCGAUGAUGUCGCAGAAUCAUUGCGAUAUUGGCUAAGGAAUAUUUCUUUACCCAACUUGAUGAAAGAACAGCUUCAUUAUGGCAUCGGAGAAGUUUUUCGGGAGAUUCAAAGAUGGGGUGAAAAACAUUCGAGUUUGUUUGACGAUGAGAAGCCAGAAUUUUUGAAAACUUCGAAACUUCUCAAACCGAACAGGAGAGAACAUUUGCGCUUAUUUUACGACUGUAUUAUAUGGAAGAAUUUAGAAUUUGAAAUCGAUGAUUACGAAACAGCAAACAAUAUAAUUCUGUCAAAAUGCAACGAUUGGCCACAAAUGCAGUUUCAAUUUGCUUGUGCUUAUGCGAUAUUGGAUAUGCUCAAAAAUGUCGAAAUGUUUGAUUCGAUUCGACUUAAGGCUUUUUCGCGAAAGCUUUCGAAUCAUUGCCUCUAUGAUUUUUGGAUAACAAUUCUUCGCGAUUCAGCCGAGUGGGAAAAAAUGUUCGCUUCAGAUGCCAUUGUUCCAAAGCAAAAAUUAUCGCUUGCUUUUCAAUUUGCUAUCACCAAUGGAUAUUUUGAACUUCUUUAUUUCAUAUGGAAGCGAGUUACAGAAACACAAAAAGAAUAUAUAGGAAUACUUCAGUGGAGACAAGUGUGCUUUUUGGCAAAACAUCGUGAUGUUAUGAAAUUUCUUUGCAAUAAUUUGUGUAAAAUCAAUGUGAGCAGUUUAGCUGGGACUACCUGGAACAUAUUUUAUUCGUCGCUUCAUCAGUCUAUUGAGAAUUCCGUCAAUGAAAGAAAAAAGAUCGAUAAUAUCCGUAAAAUGAAAUUUCUUCUUGAAAAUUGCUGCCCACUUUUAAGGAGUGCUUUGCUCUCGAUGGAAAAUUUCAAAGCAAUCACGGACGCAUUUGCUCAUAAUCAAUCGGAAAUAUUUGCGCUUUUUUUGGAGUAUCUUAAUCCUGAACAGCUGAGUACAGCGCGUGAAUAUAUUGAUCGAAUAUAUGACCGAAAUGGAACUCAAGAACGGCACGAAUUUCGACAGUGGCUGAUUAGAAGACAGAAUACCAUUGAUUAA